AUGUCAUAGGGUGGUGAAACAAAGUCGUUUGCUCGUCGACACCCGUCGCGGGGAGGAGGGACUUUAUCAUUGCUUGUUGCUGCCUGUUGCGUGGGUGUGCUCCGCGGUCAUGCGCCCUUCUCGAGGUCCACGGACGUAUAUACACCCAACAGCUCUUUGGGACCGUCACUUCAACAUGAGGCUUUGUACGCUCCUGGCUGCUUCGCUCGUUCUCUUUUUCGCUAUCUCGCUCACACCGGCCGAGUCCACACCGGCCUCUUACUUUGAAGACGAUGGAGUGGGCCUUGAAGACUACAGUGAAAACGAAAUUGAUAGUUUAUUAGAUGCAGCGCAAAAGCGGUCGUCUUUUAUUUAUCUGUACAGGCGGGGCUGCGUCCGACGUGGGGGCAACUGCGACCACAGACCGACCGGCUGCUGCAACGACUCUUCGUGCAGGUGCAAUCUCUGGGGCGCCAACUGCAGGUGCCAACGCCGCGGCCUAUUCCAGAAAUUUGGCAAGUAAUACCAACCGUUAGACCCUCAAGACACCACCGUUCGUUUUAAAAUUAUCUCUGAAAAGCCCCAGGAUGUAUUUUUGUAAUUGAAAAUUUGGUAUGGAUGUGAAUUGUAAAGGCCUGAAUUUUCGUCACAACUGUUUUUAUUUUGUUUGUAUGUAUGUUAUAUAUUUAUUUUACUAAAACAAUUUUGUAUUUUUUGUGUAAUAAUAGAUUAAAGUAGGUAAUUUAUUACUUCACUUCACAGAAAAAAAGAACUAACAUAAAUGUAAUAUGUAAUUUUUUUUAUUAAAUUAGAAAUUUAUCUUUUUGAUUUAUUUUUUAAUCUUUAUUUUUUAAAAAUAAUGAGUGAACUUUCUGAAAAAUGACACAUUUAUACAACAAAAAAAAUUGUUAAAACAUAGAUGAACGAUUUACAAUAUAUUCCAAUGGCGCAUGAGUUUUCUUUUAUUUGUUUAUACCAAUUUAUAUCUAAGUAUCUAUUUUCCUAUUUUAUUGACUUGUUUAAAUGAAGAAAAGCGACCAUUAAAACCUCUAUACAACUCUCAAAUUAUACAAUUUUCGUGGGCAAUAACUUUUGUCUUACUUUUCAAAACUAAGUUAAAAGCUUAAUAUUUUAAACAAUGAUAAAAUCAGGUCUUCCUGUCAUUUACAGCUUUGGCCGAUCAAAGCCAACAAAAAUGGACAUAGAUUGUAUCGAGGCAAAAAAAAAAAAAUAUAUUAACGAAAAAUAUUUCUGGAGUAUUAAAUUUCAUGUUUCGAUGUAAUUUCAUUUCUUUUGUUUUAUUUCUUCGUGGGGAAUAUAAUAUUAAUGCAAAUAAUAACAGAAAAAAUAAGAUAUUUAACCUUUAGUCUAAUGAAUGUAUAUAACCAUUAAUAAGAGUUUUUAAUAUACCGACAAUACAAAUUUGAUAUAGAGAAAAGUUAUAAGAACGUAGACAUUUUUGAAUAAAAAAAGAAGCUGAAUGACGUUGUGCUAUUUAUGAGAGCAGUCUAACAUAUUAUUAAGUGUUAAAGAUUUUUUCGAAUAAAUGGUCUCUAUAUCGCCGUUUUUGACUCCAUCUUUCAGUAUAUUGAAUUAUAGUGUAAUUGCACACACAAAAAAUUAACAAAAAAUUUAAAAAAUAAACAAUUAAAUUAAGACUGUUGCUUCAACAUGUAUUUUGAUUACAUCGAUCAAGAUCAAUAAUGAGUAAUAAUAGUUUAAAAAUUUAAUAUUUCAAAGGAUGUAGUCUAGUGGUAGUUUUUGACUGUUCAUAUUUAAACAAGUAUUAUGAGAAAAAAUUGACGGAACUCUUUCACGUAAAUAUGUUAUUACAAGUUCAGUAUUAUUGUUUGUGUUGACCUACAAAAUAAUAAAUAUAUAUAUUUGAAUGUG